GCGUGCUGCCCAUUUCAGUCGACCUGUUCUGAGCAGCUGUUUUAAGUUUUUGCAGUGCUAUCUAACGAUGCACGCGGAUCGUUGAACCAAACAGUCCUACCCCCCACACACGUACACAGAGAACGGCUUCUCUGCGGCGAAGUAAACACAAGUUUAGAGUGCAUGCCAGACAACAAUGCCAGCGCACAACGCCAUCAUCACACCAGCGCAUGAAGGCCACAAAAACGCAAGUCUUUACCCGCGCGUCGUCUCCCACACGCAAACUACCGCUUUCAUGGUGGCGCCGGCUACCUCCGUUCAGGCAGUAUCGACACAGUCUCCAUCAACGUCUCUCGGGUCAGUCUUCUCUGCUGCCUCAACUUUCAAAUCGCAUCUGUCUGUGCCGUCUCCGUCGGCGUCCUUCGGUCAGCUGUCUUAUCUCGCCGAUCCACAUGCGGCCUGUUCUCCCCAGAGUACGGCAUUCGUGAAACAGCCAGCGCACCGCCACUACGAUGUUCAGUCUUCGCCGCACACCGCGGAGAUCUCCGCUCGCGGACAGGGCGCGCAUAGCACAUCGAAGGAGGAAAACGACGGUGACCAUCAUUAUCGGGAGCGCCAACGCUGUAACGCUGCUCCUUCUCGUGAGGAGGUCGUUCGAAACCCCUAUGAUGGUUCUUCGUGCGGUUUCAGCAAAGGUACACCUACCCGUAGAAGACUUGACGAGAACAGAAGCCGUGAGAACUGUUUUGACCCGCGGUCUGCAGCUCCAAUUUGGUCUGCAUGCGUUCAGGCCAUCUCUGACCGUCACUCUCCCUUAUCGGAGAAGACGGCGAACAGCCGCCGCCAUAUUCGACGCCUCCAAACGCUACCUUUCAACGCGCCGGCAAGAGGUGACGGUGGCGAAGAGCAGCGUGGAGGGCUUCGGCAACGUCCCGCUGGAGGAAACAGCAGUCGUUGGGUGGGUUUUGCGGAUCCCCCAGCUCACACGGCUUCUUCUUCAUCUGCGCAUUCUAUACAGCAAGAAAAGGCGAGCUACACAUUGCCUCUGGGCAGUGUGUCGGCAGUACCUCUGGUGGCGAGAGAAAUCACGGCGAGGUCAAGCAGAAGACACCCGACGAACAGCACAUGUGCAUCCACACGUGCGCAGGGAACUGCGACGAAGCCUGUAGCUCGCCUGAAAAAACACACUCCUCGAGUGCAACAGCAGUGCAGACUAGAUGACGCUGAUGGUCAAAAACGAUUCCCCCAGUCGCCAACGUAUCGCCGUUCCCCUCUCCUAAAGGAUCCACAAAGCCAUGAUGCACCCGCUUCUGUUGUGUGUGGAGGCGGCGAGCAUCAAGGUGCCCAUCCAGCUGCGAGAGAACACCAAGGGGAUGCACAGCACAUCAUCUCUGUUAAAGAACGCACUGCUUAUGAAGCCUCACCCAUGCACAACGACACGUUCCAUCGCACAGAGCGCCACACCACCGUCCCCAUCCCGGCCGAAAUUUUGUCGUCAACGCCGUCGCCCGUGCAUCUUUUUGAGAACGACGCUUCCGCAACGACGUCGACGACGAGCGCUCAUGCGGAAGAGCGUGACUUGCAUUACCCAACCACCUGCUCCGCGUUGGACGUGACCGGCGUUUCCGCUCUGUCGCCGUCACCGCAGAAAUGUUCUCCGCUCCACGAAGAGGUGCGACGCCGUCUUGGCAAGAUCGAACUGACACCCGACGACUUCUUGGCCACAUCGUCCCCUCCGCCUGGCAAAGCGCACAGAUUGCGUGCCGGUUACCCGUUUGGCGAACCGCAAGCGGAGAACGCUGCAUGCAGUUCGAUUGGCGAUUCGCAUAGCGGGCUGCCACGUCGAUCGCCGGCAGCGUUGCGCAGCGGCAACCCAACUUCCGUGUCAGGUGACGUUCCCGCGCCGCUGUCGCUGUCCGUUAGUCCACCUCUCCGCGGCCGGCUGCCCUUUGAUGCCGCAGCGGGAGAGGAUGAAGUUGAGGAAAGAGACCAGCCGGCUCACGUACCCAGCUCCUCGUCUGCACUGAACUCCUCCUCUCUCGGGCAGCCUUUUGACUCCGUCCUCGUAUCGCCUCUGCCCACCGAAAGUGUGACCACCCCACCUACGCAGGAGCUCAUUUUUCUUCACUGUCGCCGGGUCCUGCAGGAAGAGUUGGCGGCCCGCGAGUGGAUCGAGGUGGACGCCAGCGUGCACCUGCACCACCUCGCGUGCGAGGAGCGGGUGGGCUACCGCGUCGCCGAGGCUGUGCAGUACUACCGCCGUCUCCAGGACGCCUCCUUGCACCCCAUGUUCAACGGUAUCACUCCAGCAGAUCUAAUCACCCCACCAACCCGCAAGCAGCGCAACUCGGAAGAAGGAACUCCACGUGCUGGAGCAAGUGACUCCACGGCAUCGCCGACUUCACCGCUGUCGUGCGUGCAACGGCGUCGACGGAUGCCUUCGGCAAAUUCACUGCCACCGCUCAGUCCCUGCCGAAAGACACCGCCCGCAGAGGAGGAGAUGAGAAAUGGAUGCGUGAGUGAAGAGACAGACGCGGGAAAUGGUGUGUCGCCCCCAUCAUCGCCCGGUGCGUGUUCGCUUUCAUCUUCGCAGGAGCAAGCGUGCGAUAGCGCGAAGGAAGGCGGGAGCGGCGUUGCUGCGAAGCGGCUGGACAACCACUCCUCGUCGCGCUCUCCAGUGAAGGUGGAAGAGGAUGAGCCCAACGGUGACAGCUUUGUGACAAGGGGUACGCCCGCCGACGCCGCUGGCGCAUCCGAUAGCUGCGCUGCGGGAGAGGACCCCGAUAAAGUACUUUACGGAAGCGAUGACAGCGGAGACUGGGAAGAUGCGUCGGAGACGGAGAACGCGAACAAGGAGGACGAACAACAAGAGGAUGGCGAAGGUGCAUCAACAUCUCAAAUGGAGUUUGGUGACGCUCUCGCCCUCCCUGACUGCGAGGCCGACGCUACUCAGUGCUCCGCUGUAGACACUGUUGAUGCGUCUGUGAAGCCACCUCUGUAUUCUCCUGCGUCCCGCGAGAGCGACGAGGCGGCAAAUACCCCUGCAAGCGCCAGGAGACCUUCACCACUGCGCCGCAUCUUAAAUCGAACCGCGCAUUCUAUUUGUCUUCUGCGCGACGUGCAGAGCGACGAAGAGGACGCCCGCUACCUGCUUACCGGUAACUGUCCCCCACCGCACGUGUUUCAGCGGUGGGCUGAUCGCUUCUUACGUGAACAGCAGCACACAGCGGCGCAGACGACCGGGGGAGGAGAGGAGGAGCGGCGGCACGAGAAAGGUUCGACGCCGAGUCCGGACGCGAGCGAACCCACCAUACACACGACUGAGGUGCAAUCUGCAGCGAAGAGAGGGAUGGGAGUUCUGGAGAUCGACUUGUGCAUGGAUUCACAGAGUGACCGACGCUCGCUAGAGUCUCCUGCAACCGCGCGGGAGGUUUCCAGAAGGAAGGAUGUACCAGAAAAGCCGCUCGCAGCUAUGGCAUCGGAGGCGUCGGCGUCGUGCGACGGUGACCGGUCGACAUCUCGGCAGCGGCAGUGCAGUGAGCGCUACCGCGAUGGUGUGUUGAGGAGUUUCUGUGCCGACCUCGAUGACGGCGGCCACGCUGUGUGGCCGUCCGGUGAGAGAGAUUCAUCCCGACUGCGUGAGGUGGACGGUGCUGACGUUGACAGGGAGUACAAUGCCACGGGUCGCUACGCACCGGAUCCGCAGUUUUUUGACGAAGACGGUUGCUUGUUGCGGAGUCCGUCGUCGUUGCGGUCAUCAUCGGCACUGUUGAACGACGCCUCUCCUACUUUACUCUUUCCAUCUGACAUGGCGGGUCCUUCCGCGGCAAACGUGACCGCGCUUCCGGAAAGCACUUCCACAGAUGCACUGCCAGUCACAGAUGCUGAAACUCUAGCCGCUUCCUUCUCCGCUCCUCCCGCGGCAGCUUUUGCGCCGUUAACGUACCCGUCAGAGGAGACGUAUGACGCUCCUUGCGGGAGCGAGCGGAAUGCAUGGCAGAUGUUGAUGGACGACUUCAUCGAAGGGCUUGUCAAGCUCAUGCGUGACGAGGUGUGA